ACCCCCCCUUUGGUCGCUAGCCUAGCCUAGCCUAGUUCCCCUCCCACCACCACCCCCGGGAGAAUCCCACGUAACGCGCCUUGGUAUUUCAACCGUUGACAAGCCUCCUUCUUCUUUUCCUUCCAUUUCUUCUCCAUGGAAAACGCCGUGGCUGUUCAUCGUUGGGGGUCUUGCUGCAUCUCCUUCUACUUCUAUGCCAACACUGUCAAUCUGCUUUGCUUCAUUUAAUCCCUAUCGACCGGCACCUACUCUCCCGCCCACUUCUCUCUUCCUUACUAUCCCGACAGAUAUAGAUACAGAUACAGAUAACCGCCCAUAUCAUGCCGUCUUGCCCCCAACACUGUUGAUACGGAAACCCGCAGAAACCCGCCUUCAUCUAGCCAAGCCUAUCAGCGCUAGCGUCUAUCUCGUUUGCUUCUUCUCGGCAGUGUUGCUGCUGUUACUGCUGCUGCCCACAAUCAGGACGACAUCGGCGAUAAGCUCAUCGACGCCGUUUAUAUCUCCCGAAGCCAUCAGCCGCCUCCAACUCUCCAAUUUUAAAAGGCGCCGCAUUUUGCCUUAUUCAAUUCUCACCUCGCUCUCCUUCUCUCUUCAUUAGCCACAUUUUCUGUCCUACUUGGACACCAUGACAGUCUCAAACAGCGACCCAGAGGCUGCCGCCAUCGACAGAAAGCAGUCUGCUGUCGGCAUGGACCCUCACCUUUCACACGAUGAGGGCGAAACUUGCGCUGCGAUCAACGACGAGACGGCGCACGUUGUGGACCAUGAGGCAGAGCGAAAGCUCUGCUUCAAGUUUGACAUCCGUCUGCUGCCCGUCCUUGCCGUCAUGUACCUUUUCAAUGCCCUAGACAAGGGCAACAUUGGUAAUGCCGAAACCAAAGGCAUGAGCAAAGACCUCAACUUCAAGGAUGGCCAGUACAACACCAUGAUCUCCAUCUUCUUCAUCCCCUACGUCAUCUUUGCGCCUCCCUUCUCCAUGCUCGCCAAGAAGUUUGGCGCCUCUCGCGCACUCCCCGUCAUGAUGUUCACUUUUGGCUCCAUGACCCUUCUCUCCGCCUCAGUCACAAACUUCUCCGGCCUCUUUGCCCUGCGCUGGUUCCUGGGCAUGUCUGAGGCUGCCUUCUUCCCCACCGUCAUCUUCUACCUCACCACCUUUUACCGCCGAGGCGAACUUGCCCGCCGUCUGGCUCUCUUCUACGCUGCCUCCAACAUUGCCAAUGCCUUUAGUGGUCUGCUUGCCUUUGCCAUCUUCCACAUCAAAGACACCCGCAUCUUUGUCUGGCGCUACCUCUUCAUUCUCGAGGGCAGCAUCACCGUCCUCUUUGCCAUCUUUGCCUACUGGUACCUCCCUCGUAGUGCAGCCCACGCCAAGUUCCUCAACCAAGAGGAGCGCGACUUGGCCUUUCACCGCAUCCACGUCGACUCGUCCUCUGUCGUGGGCGAGGAGUUCAACCUCAAGGAUUCCCUCAAGAUCUUUACCUACUGGACCACCUACGGCUUCCUUGCCAUUGAAAUCUGCCUCGGCGUCCCUCUGCAGUCUGUUGCGCUUUUCCUCCCUCAGAUUAUUAGCAGAAUCACCACCGAGCCCAUCCAGACCAACCUCUACACUGUUGCGCCCAAUGUCACUGGCGCUGUGAUGCUGCUCAUUCUCGCCUUUGCUUCCGACUUCAGCCGGAUCCGCUUCCCGUUCAUCGUGUUGGGCUACGUUUUUACCUUUACGGGCUUCAUCAUCUAUGCGGCGAUUAGCGACGUCCAGCAGCAGCUCAAGCUCGCCUACUUUGCCACCUUUAUGAUGUGCUGGGGCACCUCUGCACCAUCAGUGCUCCUGUCGACUUGGUACAACAACAACAUUGCCCACGAAGGUCGCCGUAUCACACUUACAUCUGUGGGUGUGCCCUUGGCCAACCUCAUGGGCCUGGUGCCCAGCUACGUCUUCCAGAAGAAGGAUGCGCCAAAGUACACACCAGCUCUCAUCACUGUGGCCUGCUUUGGUGCUGCUGGAGCGACUAUUACAGCUUGUAUGGGUCUCUAUAUGAUGUGGGAUAACCGCCGUCGUGACCGUAAGAGCGGCGUCAAGUUGAGUGCGCGCGAUGUGCCUACACACAAGCUCCGCGAUGGUCCGUCAGUGGAGGAAUUCCGCUGGUUCCUGUAAAUACUUUUUUACUUUGCAAUUUUGUGUAUUUGAUGAUCUACCAAUGAAGCGAGAGCAUGUUGAUUACAAUUCUACAAACUAUUAAUACAUAUGAUAUCCAAGGCGUUGAAAGACUUUGCCGUGUCAAUCUCCCAUUGUUUAUUCUGUAGCUGGUGCAGUAGGCUUCCCCCGAAGCGCAAAUCCCUCUCCAUUCCACCAUCGCCAUAUCGCCUUGCACCAAACCCAUGUCUCAAUGGUGCCAAAGAUGCCGAGGAUGACGAUGAGCGCCGCUUUCAUGUUUCUGCUGAGCCCGAGGCCAUCGAGGCUGAACUUGGGGAGUUCAGGUUCCCCCGGUUCAUGUUUCGGGGGUUGUUUUGUAGUUUCUGACUUUGAUUGUGAUUGGAGCUGUCUGUUUGUGGCAAAUGUAGAAGCGUUGCAGAUGGCUCUGUGGACGAUGGACGUGUUGCGUGGUGUGUGUCUCAAUAGCAGGCCUGACCGAGACGGUACAGCGCGGCCAGCAAUCUGUCUUAACAUGUUGUUUGCUAUUUUUCUGAUGAAUAUAUCUUAGAUGAUGUAACAUGAGAUGCUGCAUUAGAAGACUGAUGAUGUUGGCGACGAGUGGAUUUAAAUAGCACGC